AUGAUAUUUGGUGUUAAUGACAAGAUCAGAGGCACAAAUUGUACGAUUGUUGGUCAACAGCGUGAUAGAGGUGUUGCUGCAAGGGCUCAAGAGAUGGGUGUUGAUAUAGAGGAAUCACAUCUUCGGGCAGGGAGAGUGGCACCGAUCGGUUCUCACAGGAGGCGAGAAUCUAGAUCUGCUUCUAGAUGGACGAGAGAUGAUGAGGAUGAGCCAGUUGAUGUUCAUGCACCAGUUCAGGAUGAUGUGCAGUUGGUGGCAGAGAUAUAUGUGCCUCAUCCGACAGAGGCAACAUCUACUAUAGAGGUUACUCCGGAAACAAAUGUCACUGCUCUUCCUGAGAAAGAUGACACUACUCCUUAUGAGAUAUGUCAUGCUUCGACAUACCUGUUUGUACACACAGAUGAAGGAUUCCCUAGUGGGCCUAAUGAUUGUUCUGUUCUUACAAGAUAUGUGGAUCAUGUGGACCGUAUGCCGCUUAAGAUGCCCACUCAUGGGUUGAAGUUGAAUAAGUUCUCUGAUGUCGAGAUGCCACCGGAGGUGAAGGCCAUAACUGAGGAUUAUGGUCUCCUUCCAUUGGUGGAUUAUUCGCUUACCAUGCUUGACGGUCAACUAUUGACAACCUUUGUUGAGCGAUGGCACAAGGAGACAUCUUUCUUCCAUCUUCCAUUUUGUGAGAUAUCGAUUACAUUGGAUAAUGUCUCCUCGCUUUUCCAUAUUUCGCUGGAUAGGUAUGAUGAUCUAGUGCAGCAGGGUAUGUAUGAGGAAGCCACUAGGUCUUCAGCAUUGCAGUUGGGCAUGAGGUGUGCUGCAUUGAGUGUUCUAUAUGCUGCCCUUGGAGAGGAGAUUAUAUACGAGCGUUUCCCGUCAAUUUGUGACAGGCAGGUUAUUGCUACCACUGUUGGGUCCCCACUGGCCAAGAGGUGGAGGGGCAUGCAUGCACACCCGAGAGGUUUUGUGAAGUACAAGAGGAUGAUUGAUACACUGAAUAUAGACGAAUUCAUCUGGACACUCUACACAGACCAUAUAAUGGAUAGAUGGGAUGAUGAGUUCGAUGACGCUAUACUUUUUUCGGGUUAUCUGUGA